CAAACGUAUACAUGGACUGCAUGCAUGAGUGCGGCCACAUAUUAAGCAUGAGUCAACUGCAAAAAGAUGCAUCGUUUCUCCAUAAACAUCAAAUAAAAUGAGCUAACAUUAAUACAGGUCUUCGUUUGACCAAUGCUGUUACUGCCCUAUAUAAACCUUCUCUUAUCUUAACCAUGAUGAAAAUGCAUCAGUAAACCAGCAUAUUACACGGAUCAAAUCAUUAGCCAGCUAAUUAACAUGACAUCUCCAGUUAAUCUGCCGCAUCAUCAUCACUUGCGCUGCAGAUUACACGCAGCCGCUGCUCUUCUCCAUCUGCUGGUCCUCCUCGGUGGAGGAGGAGGAGCAGCAAUGGCGAGGGCGCAGGCGAUCCCCACGUCGUGCUGCGGCAUGUUCGAGGGGCUGGACCUGGCGCCGUGCCUGCAGGACGCGGUCGCCGGCGCCGGCGCCGGCAUCGGCAUCGCAGGAGGGAACAUCAGCGGCGCCUGCUGCUCGUCGCUGAACCAGGCGCUCGACGCCGGCCACCGCUGCCUGUGCUCGCUGCUGCUGCCGUCGAACGGCGGUGGCGCCGGCGUGCGCGUGCUGGCCAGCCUCGCCGCGGCGCUCCCCACGCUCCCGCUGGCGCUGCCGCUGCCUGGAUGCCUCCUCUACGCUCCCCCUGUCCUGUCUUGCCAAGUGCCGGUGCAGGAGCAGACGGACGCGCCACCGGCAGCAACAGAGGCAGCAACCGCGACCGAGACCACCGUCGAUUCACCACCACCUCAGGCCGUCGUAAUGCCUCCAUCCAAGAAGUCGAAGAGGAGCGCCGACGGUGAGAAUGCUGAUGACGAUCAGGGGAUGAACGGGAACUAUGGCAACGGCUACGGCAGCGGCAACGGCAAAGGCAACGGCGGAGCUAAGAAGAAGACAGCCAGCCGCAGCGAAGCACGCCGGCGUACCAACGUCGACGAGGGGAUCAGAACACACCUCCUGACGUUUGUGGUGGUCAUGGCUGCAUUUUGGUUCUCAAUUAUAUGAUCAGUUAAUAAUAGGCUUGUAACUGCAAAGUUCAGGUAAAUAGUGUAUAGGCUUGCCCCUUUGGUCAUGGAGCAUAAUAUGUUCUCCAAAAAAAAAAAACUAUGACCACUAAUUUUUGUAACAGCCAAUGACAUCAUAAUAUAUGAAGGCAUCUCUCCAGACGAA